UUUGACCACUCCCCCUUUGCUUUGUUGACACACCCACUGACUCUUGAUGGCUCAGAUAGAGUUUGACGAGGGAACUGGUACCUUUCCUUAUUUCAUAGUCCUUCUCUACGGGGUAUUCCUGCUAGUUAUAACUUACUUCCUUUGGCCUAAGAGCAAGAAAAGAGAUGACAGAGGGAGUGAGUGCCAGUGUGGGCCAUGUUGCCAGAAAAGAAAUAAAGUGGAGAAGAGACGGACUGUAGAUAAACUAUUUAAAAUAAUACGUUAUUUAGUAUUAUUGGUGUGCUGGUUGUUCUUACUUUGGUUGAUUUAUUGGGCAGUGACACAAGAGCCAGUUGGUGAAUCUGAAGAAUGGGAUCCAUUUAAAAUAUUAGGGAUUGACAGGGGAGCUACUGUAUCUCAGAUCAAGAAGCAGUACAGGCUAUUGAGUAUGACCCAUCAUCCUGAUAAAGGAGGGGAUCCAGAGGUAUUCACUAAAAUAGCUAAAGCUUACGAAGCUUUGACUCAAGAAGAGGCUAGGGAGAAUUGGGAGAAGUAUGGUAACCCAGAUGGACCAAGAGCUGCUUCAUUUGGUAUAGCACUGCCCUCUUGGAUUGUUGAUAAGAAUAACUCGUUGUGGGUUCUAGGUGGGUAUGUGUUGGUAUUCAUUGUCGGACUCCCUAUCAUUGUUGGUAGUUGGUGGUAUAAAUCAGUGAAGUAUGGUAGCACUAAUAUAUUGAUACAUACGAGUAAACUAUAUUUCCACCUGCUGUCCAGAGCCAAGACUAUGCCUGUACUAAGAGUGUUGAUGAUCCUAGCUACAGCAGUUGAGUUCUCUCCCAGUAAUCAGGCUGGAGUGAAGAACAGACCCAGUGAUGAUAUAUACUUGAAUGAGCUGGUAAAGAAACUAGAACACACUAUGAGAGUGGAUACCAGGGAGCAACCCUUCUGUCAGACCUACGUAGCUAAAGCAAGACUGCUUAUACACGCCUACUUUGAGCGGAUUCCAUUGCAAGACCCUGGACUGAAACAAGAUCAAGAUGCUAUUGUGAAGUAUUGUCCAUUCCUAAUUAAUGAGAUGAUGAAUAUAUUAACUCAAGUCUGGCUCUAUUCUAAGUACAUGAACAAACCAAAGACGUCUAGAAGGAUACCAGAGCCUUCCCUUGAUAUGUAUGAGAAUAUAAUGCUGAUCAGUCAGAUAAUGGUACAGGCAAUGUGGAGACCUUUUGAAACCCUGGAGCAACUCCCUCAUAUUAAUGACCGGAAGAUAUUCUAUCAUAAAAAGCACAGGUUGUCUAGUGUUGAAGAUUUUGCGAAAUUGAGAAACGAAGAGAGGAGGCGCCUCCUUAAGAACCUAUCAGACGAAGAAUAUCAAGAUAUUAUGAUAUUUUGUGAAAAUUUCCCACACAUUGAAAUGAAUGUAGAAACUGGAGUUGAAGAUGACGAAGACACUAGUUUAAUAUCAGCUGGUUCCUAUGUCACUAUAAAAGUUACCUUAAUAAGAACCGGAUUAUUAGAUUAUUACGGAACCUCUUCUCGUGAUAAAGAUUCAGGAUCAACUCAUAAUGACUCGAAUAUUGACAAAGACACCGAGACUUUAUCUUUUAGUGACAAACCAAAUGAAGGUAGUGUCGUCAAAGUAGCCUCGCCCACUGGCAAAAAUAAACAACAAAAAAUUAAAAAGAAAAACAAACAAACGAAAGGAGGCGGAGCUGGAAAGAAAAAGCAAACAAAUACACAAAAGCAAAAAAGUGAACCAGUCACUAAUGUUAAAAAGGAAAGUACAGACGAUACCAAAGAAGAGGAUAAUGAAUAUGAUAAUGAGGAUACACUUGAUGAUGAAGAGAGAGAAUGGAAGGAGCUUCAGAAAUCAGUCAAGAAAGAGAGAGAGCAGCAGAAGAAUCUAGUCAAUACGAGUCACCUAGUCCACGCUCCUUACUUCCCAGCAGACAAACACGAGUUAUGGUGGGUCUAUGUAGCACAGAAGAGAACAAAGUCAAUAGUUAUACCACCAGAACGUGUCACUGGAUUGAUUGACAGGAAAGAAGUAAAUCUGAAGACGGUAAUGGAAAGGAAAGGUCUAUACAGAUACACUGUGUAUGUGACCUCUGACUCCUACAUGAACUACACUGUACAGCAAGAUAUCACUAUCAAGGUGCAUGAGCAGAAGGAGGUGUCAGGUAAAGAGCAAUGGAAGGACCUUGAGAAAGAGGAGGAGGAGGAGGACAUGAUUGAAGAGAGUGUCACUGAAUCUGAUACUGAUGAUGAUGACAAUAGCGACUAGAAAUUAUUUAAACUGUAUUAUUAUUUAAUCUCUAAUAAAUGAAGUAUUUUUGAUACGAUUAUUAAACAAAUUCCACACCAAA